ACGAGAUAUCGGUAACAUGAGCUCGACUAGAGGCUUAAUUCGAAUGGCACAGUCCUCCAAGGCGUACCUUCUGAACUUCUUCAAGACUAUGUCAAGGGCUGGAGAUGUGAAAACACUCAGAUUUGUUGAUACCCAGAAUGACAAUUCUUUUGGAAGGUAUGCCAUAGUCCAGCCGUGGCUGGUUUCUGAAAAAGUUACUGUACCCGCGUACAUACCCCAGCCGUCCUACAGUCAGUCUAUGAUACCCAAAAAUGGACCGGAGACGCCUGAGAUCAAAGACGAAUAUCAAAUAGAAUGUAUGAGGCAUAGCUGUAAACUUGCUAGUCGCAUUCUGCGUCAAGUUGGCGCACUAAUCAAGCCAGGCGUUACAACCGAUUUUCUCGACCAACAAGUACACGAUAUGAUCAUUGGUAACGGAGCUUAUCCCAGUCCGCUCAACUACCGUGGCUUUCCCAAGUCUAUAUGUACCAGUGUUAACAAUAUCGCUUGCCAUGGCAUUCCAGACAAUAGGCCUUUGCAGGAAGGUGAUAUACUCAAUGUCGACAUAACAGUGUAUCUUAAUGGUUAUCAUGGCGAUUGCUCAGCCAUGUUUCAAGUGGGUGAAGUGGAUUCAGAAGGCAAACGAUUGAUAACGGUCACGGAAUUGUGCUUAAAGUCAGCUAUUGAAAUAUGCAAACCAAACGAACGUUUUUGCAAUAUUGGUAAUGUGAUAGAAGAGACAGCAGAUAAACACAAUUUGAAUGUAAUACCCGGACUAUUAGGUCAUGGUAUUGGGACUUACUUUCACGGUGCUCCGGACAUUUAUCACUUUGCAAAUGAUUAUCUUGAGAGAAUGGAAGCAGGUAUGACGUUCACUAUCGAGCCGGCUUUGAGUCAAGGAACGACGCAGAUCGAAAUUCUGGAGGAUGGAUGGACAGCUUGUACCGUCGACAAUUCCAGAACAGCUCAAGUCGAACACACAAUUUUAAUAACAGAUACUGGAUGCGAAAUACUAACGCUUUAGUCUAUAUAAUCGGUAUCAUUAUUAUUUAUAAGAGAAAGUAUCUAUUAAAUAUAUUAUUUCUAGUACACAUAUAUAAAUUAAUUUGCAUGUACGUUUUGCAGGUAUUUUAUCUCGUGUUUUUACGUGUAAAAAUAAAAAUUAGGAAAAGUUUGUUGUUACAACGAAAA